AAGUGGGAAGAAGGUUCACUAGGCCACACUCGGUCCUAUUGUCCCCAUAUGGGGGCCCCAAAGAAAGGACAAAGGAGAAAGGAGAAAGGAGAAGAGAGGAGAGCGUGGUAGCGGGGAGAAAAUGCGGGGAAAGGCCGGCAUGGCAAAUGUAUGUCAAAUCUUAGCGCUGGGCUCAUUCAGGCCGUGUGGCGCCAGGCGGGAGCCACGACAUAUCAACUCCACGACUCGACGACCCCACGACUCAACCCCUCCAAAAUCCCCAACUCAUCAGACGAGAAGUGUUUUAUGGCGUGGCGGCAACUGCUCACGGGUUUGGAGUUUGGAACCUUCUCGGAGAGGAUGGAUGACCUUGCAUCUCUUAACCUCCAAUUGGGCAUCUCGCUCUGCGGGAGAUCCUUCCCCAUGGCGGUAGGCCGCCGCAAGGCAAUUCCGAGCUGUUCGGCUGUGGACCUGAGUGGCUGGCCACACUGCGGGAGAAGCAUGGGGAGCCGCUGCAACCCUCCUUUCCCGAACUCUCCUCCUCGCCACGUUCGGCCAACCCGAUUCCAUCCUCCAAUCACGGCAGCUGCGCGGGCAAGGUCGAACGGACCAAGAUCUACAUUCAAGAUAGUGCACAGCUCUGAGGGGUGUGGACAGUAGUCGACCUGGUCCCUGUCCUCGGGAUACCAGGUCCAUGGUCAAUUACAGCUCGGUCUGUGUUAACGCCUGCCGCGGUGUUUU